GGUGCUGCUGAAGAAGAGGCUGAAGAGCCAGACGCUACUAUACCUACUACACUAAGUGAGGAGACCAGCAACCAAGGAGAGAGCCACAGUCAAUCAGGGGAUAAAAAUGAAGAGAAGCAGCUGGAAAGCUUAAGCAGCUACCAGGUAUCACCAAGCUCACCAAACAGUUUGGACGGAGCAGACUUGUCCUCCAUUGACGCCAUGAUGUCAGCAGUGAUGAAUGUGGGGAAGAUUGCUGAAAAUGGCGGGAGCUCUCAAAAUGUCAAAUCCCCCUCAAAGUCUCCUGCACCAAAUCGGAUUGGCAGGAGAAACCAGGAAACAAAAGAAGAGAAGUCUUCCUAUACCUGUCCUCUGUGUGAAAAGAUUUGCACUACACAGCACCAGCUAACUAUGCACAUUCGUCAGCAUAACACUGACACUGGAGGGACAGACCAUUCCUGCAGCAUCUGUGGAAAGUCUCUGAGCUCAGCGAGCUCCCUUGAUCGCCACAUGCUGGUGCACUCAGGUGAAAGGCCUUAUAAAUGUUCAGUAUGUGGACAGUCCUUCACCACCAAUGGAAACAUGCACAGGCACAUGAAGAUUCAUGAGAAGGAUCCGAACAGCACAGCGACCACAACUCCCCCGUCGCCGCUGAAGCGCAGGCGAUUGUCUUCGAAACGGAAGUUUUGUCACGAUGCCGAGAUGGACAGAGAGGAGAGGAUACCUGCAAAAAAGGUUGUCGAGGAUGGUCACUCCUGUGAAGGGGAUAAGAAGGCUGAGGAGGAAGUUUAUCAUUGUCCAGUGUGUUUCAAAGAUUUUUUUUGCAAGUAUGGGUUGGAGUCCCACAUGGAGACGCAUCCAGAUAAUUCACUGAGGUGUGACAUCUGUUGUAUUACCUUUCGUACUCAUCGGGGCUUACUGCGCCAUAAUGCAGUUAUCCACAAGCAGCUUCCCAGAGAUCCCAUGGGAAAGCCUUUCAUUCAGAACAACCCUUCAAUUCCAGCAGGCUUCCAUGACUUGGGAUUCACUGACUUCUCCUGUAGGAAGUUCCCCCGCAUUUCUCAGGUCUGGUGUGAAACAAAUUUGCGAAGGUGCAUCAGUGACUUCCAUCGAUUUAUUUGUGAGAUGUGUAACAAGGCAUUCCCCAUGCUUUCGGCGCUCAAACUGCACACAGAAACUCACCUGUUGGAUCAGGGAAAAGACAAGCACAAGCAACAGUCCGCGAUCCCACCCGGCGAGAACCCAGACCAGAAAGCCUUCAUGGCAUCCUUGGGCCUACAGUACACCAAAGACAUCAAGCCUGUCAAGCAGGAGGACAGUACACAAGAUGAGGUCCAAGAAAUGCGGCUCAGAGCACUGAAGAGUAACCUACCUCAGGAACCCGGCAGCACCGGUCUGCUCAGCCUCUCUCCUCUGGAAGCUGCCUCUAUGGGAGGGUCAUUUUCAGUCCUUCCCCCUACAAAAGAAAACAUAAAGCUUCUCUCGCUGCAGCCUUUCCAGAAGGGUUUUAUCAUCCAGCCUGACAGCAGUAUUGUGGUAAAACCCAUCUCCAAUGAGUCUGCCAUUGAGCUGGCAGACAUUCAGCAGAUCUUGAAGAUGGCUUCUUCCGCUCCUCCUCAGAUCAGUCUUCCUCCCCUUUCUAAGGCACCUUCUGUCCCUGUGCAGUCCAUUUUCAAGCAUAUGCCGCCACUGAAGCCAAAGCCUUUGGUAACACCCCGAACAGUCGUCGCAACCUCUACACCUCCUCCUCUUAUCAGUGCCCAGCAAGCCUCCCCUGGCUGCAUCAGCCCGAGCCUCCCACCUCCCCCUCUGAGGCUGAUCAAGAACUCAGUGGAGUCCUCCUCCAACUCUCACCUCUCUCAGCCAGGAGCCAAAUCGAGCCCUUCCUCGCAGUUGCUCCUCCAGCCCAAAGUAGAGCCUUUAACUCAGCAUGAGAUGAAGACACAACUGGAGCAGGACAGCAUCAUCGAAGCUCUCCUGCCUCUGAGUAUGGAAGCCAAAAUCAAGCAAGAGGUCACAGAAGGAGACCUCAAAGCCAUCAUCGCAGGGGCAGCGAACAAGAAAGCCCCAACCAUGAGGAAAGUUUUGUACCCCUGCCGUUUCUGUGACCAGGUGUUUGCCUUCUCUGGUGUCCUGAGAGCUCACAUCCGUUCUCACUUGGGUAUUUCCCCAUACCAAUGCAACAUCUGUGACUACAUUGCAGCUGACAAGGCAGCGCUGAUCCGGCACCUGCGGACACACAGCGGGGAGAGGCCUUACAUCUGUAAAAUCUGCCACUACCCGUUCACAGUGAAAGCCAAUUGUGAGAGGCACCUGCGAAAGAAGCACUUCAAAGUGACCAGGAAGGAUAUAGAGAAGAACAUUGAGUACGUCACCAGCAAUGCUGCAGAGAUGGUGGAUGCCUUCUGCUCCCCAGACACUGUGUGCAAGCUGUGCGGUGAGGACCUGAAGCAUUACCGGGCCCUCCGCAUUCACAUGAGGACGCACAGCGGCUGCCAGAAGAAGAAGCCGUUUGAGUGCAAGGAGUGUGGCACAGCCUUUUCGGCCAAGAGAAACUGCAUUCACCAUAUCCUCAAGCAGCACUUGCAUGUGCAAGAAAGGGAGAUUGAGAAUUACAUCUUAGCAGUGGACUGCAGUGCCCAGGCAAGCCAGACAGACCCUUCCUUAUUGGAGGACAGCACUUACAUGGACCACAAGCCCAUGACGCCUUUCCUGGAGCCACAGAAUGGCUUCUUGCUUGGGACAUCGUCUCAUGUUCCCAUCAAACUUGAGCCUGCGGGCAACUUCCCAAUGGAUUUUGAUGAGCCAUUGGAUUUCUCUCAGAAGAACAGAAGCCUGAGUGCUGUGCAAGUGAAGCAGGAGAACCUGUUUGGCUCUUCUCCUGUGUCCUUCUACGACUGUUCCAUGGAGCCUAUUGACCUGUCCAUCCCCAAAGCCCUGAAGAAGGAUAAGGAAGAUGUCCCGUAUGAAGCUAGGAGUCAAGAGUUGGCUGCUCCUGGGAACAGUGAUAAAGCCUAUAACUGUCUGCAGUGUCCUUUGGUUUUUGGUGCCAAUGGGAACACAGAGAAAAGCAGGGGUGUCAGACAUACCCAGCCACUGAAAGGUUCAUUGCAUUUGACUGUCCCAAUCAUUUCCCCGGCUCUCCUUGGCAAUUCUGCCUUGCUGAGACCCUUGAGGCCUAAACCACCACCGCCGCCUCUCUUGCCAAAGCCUCCAGUAACUAAAGAGCUGCCACCGCUAGCUUCCAUUGCACAGAUCAUUUCAUCUGUGUCUUCUGCUCCCGCUUUGCUGAAAACGGAGGCUGCAGACACCAGUCCCAAGGCAGUGAGCAGCUCCACUGGGUGUGACAAAUCAGGGAACGCCAAAGCAAAAGUGACAAUCGUGACCACCGUGCAGAGAGACUCCAGCCUGCCCAGUGACCUGGCUCAGGCAUGUGAUCCAGAGCCAUCUCCUGUUGCCGAACCUGUGUUGACUAAGAGAAGAGGUAGAAAGAAAGGAACAAAAAAUAAGCCUAAAUUUAGCAGUGGUCUGGAUCUGGAGUCAAGUGGAGAAUUUGCCAGCAUAGAGAAGAUGCUGGCUACCACAGACACUAAUAAAUUUAGCCCUUUUCUGCAGUCCACUGACAAUUUCAAGGAAGAAAGCGGCAGAAAUGGAACAAGUGAGGAUGAGAAGGAAACUGCUGAAGAUAAGCUGCUGAGAGGGAAGAGGAAUGCUUACUCAGACUGCCUGCAAAAUAUCCCCUGUCCUUACUGUCCUCAAGUCUUUCCAUGGGUAAAUUCUCUACAGCGGCACAUACUCACUCAUACAGAAGGCCAGUCUGAUGCAGAGACAUUAGCUACAGGAAAUGAAGUCUUGGACCUGACCUCCUGCGAGAAGGAACAGCCAGAGGAAAUAACAGAGCUACCAGCGAGUGAGUGCGGCCCCAAGGAGCAAAAGGCUGACUCCCCUCCGGCAGAAGAGGAUGCUGAAAUAAAAGCAGAUGGAUAUGAAGAGGGCCCUGAGGAAGAUUCUGUAAGUAACAAAAGUCUUGACCUCAAUUUUGCCAGCAAAUUAAUGGACUUCAAGCUGGCAGAGAGUGACCAGAGUGCAGGCAGCAGUACUCAGACUGAAAGGAAACAUGCCUGUGACAUUUGUGGCAAAACCUUCAAGUUUGCUGGCACUCUUGGCCGUCACAAAAAGGUCCACAUUCGUGAGGACAGAAAGGAUGAAAAGAGCAGUGAGGAUGAAAGCAAAAGCAUUCAGGAUAAUGCAGGAGCUCCCUCGAUGCAGGACUCUGGUAUUGAGCAGGAAGAGUCUCCGAUGGACUUGAAGGUAGUGGAGUCUCCUGUGGACUAUGAGGCAACAGGAAAGGAAAAUGAAGAGAGCGAAAGCAUCUCUGAGGGGGAAGGCACAGAGAGAAAGUCCACUGAGAAGAGCAGUGAUGACAAAAAACCAAAGACUGAUGGGGCUAAGAUUACUGCAAAAGCAGACAAAAGAAAGAAAGUCUGUACUGUGUGCAACAAGCGUUUCUGGUCUCUGCAGGAUCUGACGCGACAUAUGCGGUCUCAUACAGGUGAGAGACCUUACAAGUGUCAAACCUGUGAACGGACCUUCACUCUGAAACACAGCCUGGUUCGCCACCAGCGCAUACACCAGAAAGUCAAAACCACCCGAAACCAUGGGAAGGAGAGCGACAAGGAGGAGACGCAGUCAAGGUGUGGAGAAGACAGCGAGAACGAGUCUAGCCACAGUGGUGCCAACCCCAUCUCAGAAAACGAGUGCGACUCUGCAGGGGGCAUCGGUGGCCAAACAUCAUCCCUCACGGGAAGCCGAAAAGAGCCCCUGGCCGGCACGGACCCGGGCCUCUCCCCAUGCAGAGAGGAGAGGCCGAGCGGGCGAGGAGCCGGCGCCUGCCUGGUGGAGCCCACCAAGAGCACACAGAAACAGACCGCAAAAGACCAGGAGCCUCGGGGCAGCUCGGAGCACGAGAGGCCCUCGGGUUUCAUUCAAGACUUGCUGGAGAUGCACAACAAGAAGUCUCCCAUGAAUCACAUCCUUGCCUCUGCAGACAGUGCGCCUCAGCUCCUGGGGGUUGAAUGA